GGGAAAAACAAAAAAUGGCGCUGGCCUAAAAACGGGUAAAAUAAAACAAUCAGAGAGAAGGAGGAAAUAUUCAGAGAAAAGAGGGGAAUAUUUAGAGAACUGGAUUUAUAAUAUUCGUACUUGAGGAAUGUGGAAUGUAGCUAGACACGGUUCUUCGGUGGGGGAUGACUGCCUGAUCUGCUGAGUACUUCUGUUUUAACUCCUUGUCUCAAGGGUUCUGUGCUUAGUCAAAGAUGGAGGAUGCUGAGUCACGAUUCACACAUCUCCUUCAGCCCAUUAGAGAGUUGACGAAGAACUGGGAGAUUGAUGUGGCAUCUCAGCUUGGGGAAUACCUAGAAGAGUUGGACCAGAUCUGCAUUUCCUUUGAUGAUGGGAAGACGACAAUGAACUUUGCAGAAGCUGCACUCUUGAUCCAGGGCUCGGCAUGUAUUUACAGCAGGAAGGUGGAAUAUCUGCAUUCUCUGGUGUUCCAGGCGCUGGACCUGAUCUCCAACAAAAAACGGAAUCAAAAAGUUACAUCCAUUGCUGCGGAUGGGACAGAUAAUGAUGUGUCUUUGGCCAAUGACAAGGAUUGGGAAUUUUUGUCUCUUGACGAUAUUGAGUGUCCAUCAAAAACCAGCAUUGAUUUGCAGAUAGAUCACAGUUCAAAUGUUGUGAAUAUUAUACCAUUAACGCCGAUGGCACUGGUUCCAUUAGAAGAAAUUGAGAAAAAGAACAACCCACUGCUGAGCCGAAGAGGAGAGAUCCUUGGCAGCCGCAAGGAUUUCCGAAUGAAUACUUGUACCCCUCAUGCCACAGGUGCAUUCAUGUUAGAGCUGGCCACUGUGUCACCGAUGAGCUAUCUGCACAGGCAACAGGAAGGCAACACAGAGUACAAUAGGAAUGGCUUACAGAAUGUUCAGGAGGACGUGGGCAUGGAUAACAGUGACUGUCAGGUGCCAGUUCCAGUAUUGAACUUCUUGGACGAAGGGGGAAUGGAUGAUGAUGGUGGUGAUGCUGAUAGCAAUUUUGUUCCACCUUCAGCAGAGGGCGAUUUGGUUCAGGAGCACAUUACAAAACAGAAGGCUGAGGAUGAAAGUCGGGGUUAUGUACUGCGUAAGCGGGAUCCAGUAGUGCCUGACAUGGUGCACACAAAGGAAGUGCUCGACCCCUGGAGGAGUCUGGAUCCUUUUGAAGCCACUCAAGCCAAGCCAUUCAAGAAAGGAAUACAUUUUGUUAUACCACCACGUGUUGAUAUUACUGGAGGCAAGCGGAAACGAAAAACCUUUGUAAAACUGAAAGAUUUUGGGAAAUGGUUCUCUGAGACAUAUUACGGUGGAUGGAAUGAGGCAAAGAGUCGGAAAAGAGGCCCAACAUUUGCAGAUGUGGAGGUUCUGUACUGGCAACAUAUGAAAGACAGACUCCGAGCACAGAGGAAACAUCAGCAAAUGAUGAUUGCUCUACGUGGGAGGGUAAUAGAGGAGUUAGAUGUAGAAGCAGGAAACAUGGAAGAAGAAUUAAAUGACUUGCAAGAACGAGCUGAAGACCAUCUGGAUAACGACGGAGUGGAAGAUGAUUAUGACAUUAAUUUGGAUCAAGAAGCUGAUGCAGCUCAGGACAACCACAACCCCCCAAAUCUGGAACCUUUUGGAGAAACGGGAUCUGUGUGUUAUGAGGAGCUUGUCAGAAGGAAUGUGGAGCUGUUCAUCGCUAACUCCCAGCAGUACGCCAAGGAAACAGCCCUAUCCCUUCGUGUGAGGGACUGGGAAGAGAAGAUUGGCCUGAGACUUGAAGAACAGGAUGAGCGAGCUCCCUUUGACAUCCAUGAUUAUGGAGUCAGAAUUAUGGAUGCAUUUGACUGCAUCAGACAGAGGCGUUCAUUUGCAAGCAUUGUGGCUGGAAAGGAGGCAUUCGAGGUGUGUCGAUAUAUGCUGGCCACGCUGCAACUGGCCCAUGACUACACGGUGGACAUAUGGCAGAAAGAAGGGCUGUAUGAAUCAGUCGACACGAUGGAACUGACCCUUUUGAGCAAACUAAGAGCUCACGAACGUUUCCGGACAUACAUGGCUCCAUCCAUUUCAAAUAAAUGAGAAGAUUCACAGACCUUCAUUCAACUUGCACAGUCCUCAGACUACAAUCUUGACAUUACAUCCAUUGUUUAUGGCACACUAGGAGGGACUGUGCCCAUAUUUCCUUGCCGUAUGACAGCAAGUGUCUGGGACACUGACUAACAGGAUGAAUGUUCUUCAUGUUUCAGUGGAAUGCACCACUUGCCCUAAGCCCUGCCCAAAACAAUUUCUGGAUUGUGAUUAUUCUCUAUUUAUGCUUAUAUAUUUGCUGUGUUCUGUACAGCUACUAUCCUAGGCUGUUUUGAUUAUAUAAUGUGCUUCAUGUCACAGAUGAGGUGCAGUUUACUGGCUGCAUCCUGUGCAGUAUUUUUAUACAAACGUAUGAUUUUCUGAUGGAGGGAAAUAUAAUCAAAAUGAGCCCAGCUAUCAUUGUCUAUGCUUUUUGAGACGCUUAUCAGAUUUGUGAAGGAGAAAAUCUCUUCAAUUAAGUCCUAGAUCUAACCUGGUGCCAAGUGUAACAUUUGUAAAGUUAGGGCUUGUCCGUUUAUAUUUGGGUGAGGUUUUGUGCAAUACUUUCCUCACUCAACCCCAUGCUGGAGAAAAAAGACUUUGAUUUCGUACUUAAAGAAAUACAAUUGUUUUUUCAAACAUUCCUACUCCCUAGCCUCACCUUCCUGAAUGGGAAAGUGAGAAUCCAGAAAUGUGCAUGAAUUGAAAUUCAAUUGGAUGGUAAUAAAUGAUGCUUGUAUUUUGGGGAACAGUGUGUGCCAUCAGGAGCAGAUAAUCACAAAUCUGUACAAAGUGGAAUUUUUAAAAAUGUACAAAUCUGAAUUUUGUAAAAGUACUGCAGUAAACUUAGAACUCAAUUGCAUUCUGUGCUUAAAACUUUUUCAUCAAUUUGGGAUUGGAAGAUCUGUGAAAAUGGGAAUGAAAUGCCCAUUGGAUAUUGUAUACCAUAAAACAUAGAAGUAGGCUAUUCGGCCCAUCGAGUUUGCUCUGCCAUUCUUUCAUGGCUGAUCUGGUAAUCCUGAAUUCCACACUCCUGACUUUUCCCCAUAAUCCUGAUUCCCUUGUGUAUAAAGAAUCUGCCUAUCUCAGCUUUAAAUAUUCUUAUUGACCCAGCCUCAGCAGCCCUCUAUGGUAAAGAAUUACACAGAUUCAUAACCCUUUGAGAGAAGAAAUUUCUCCUCAUCGCUAUCUUAAGUGUGCAACCCCUUAUUCUAAGAUUAUAUGCUCUGGUCCUAGGCUCUCCCAUAAGUGGAAACAACCUUUCUGCAUCUACCCUGUUAAGCUCCCUAAAAAUUUUCUAUGUUUUAAUAAGGUAGGCUAUCGUUAUUCUAAACUCCAAUGAGUACACACCCAACCUACUCAACCUGUCAUAAGACAAUCCCUCCAUACCUAGUAUCAGCCUAGUGAAUCUUCAUUGGACUGCCUCCAAUGAGAUGAGAGGCCCAAAAUUGUUUGUGGUAUUCCAGCUGUGGAUUGACUACUGCCUUGUACAGAUUUAGCAAAACUUCUCUGUUUUUAUAUUGCAUUCCCUUUGAAAUAAAGGCCAACGUUCCAUUCGCCUUCUGUAUUACCUGCUGAAUGUGGAUGCUGGUUACUUAAGAUUCAUGGACAAGGACUCCCAAAUUCUUCUGCGGUCCUCUGCAGUCUGUCUGCAUUGUAAUAAAAUUAAGUUUACCUAUUCUUUCUGCCAAAAUGCAUAACCUCAAAUAUUUCCACAUUGUAUUCAAUCUGCCAAGUUUUGGCCCAUUCAUUUAAUCUGUCCAUAUCCUUUUACAGAUUCUGUGUCAUCCUCACCACUUGUCUUCACACUUAUUUUUGUGUUGAUCCGCAAGCUCGGCUAUUACAUAUUCACUUUCUUCAUCUAAUGUAUGCUGUAAAUAAUUAUGGCCCCAUCACUGAUUCCUAUGGCACACCAUUAAUUACAUGUCAGUCUGAAAAUGUCACUCUUAUUCCAACACGGAUUCUUCUAUUAUUUAGCCUAACCUCUAUCCAUGCUAAUGUACUAUUUUCAGCACCUUAUUAAGCAGACUAAUGUAUGAUACCUUAUCAAACACCUUCAAAAAUCCAAAUGUAUUACAUCCACUGCUUCUCCUUUAUCUGCCCUGCUUGCUCCUCAAGAAUUCAAGUAAAUUUGUCAGGCAUGAUUUCCUUUUCACAAGGCCACGCUCACUGUGCUUGACCAUAUUAUGCACUUCUAAAUGCUGUGCUGCUGCAUCCUUUAUAAUACUCUAAUAUUUUCCCAUAACAGACAUUGAGCUAACAGCCAUAUAGUUACCUGUUUUGUUUGCCUCCCUCCCUUUAUAAAUAAAGGUUUUAGAAUAUUAUCCUGACAGUUAUCAGUUUUGAAUUGGGCCUCUGAGGACAGAGUCCUGAGAUUCCUAGCUAUCAAGAAUACGACAGCUGGGAGUUUGUACCUUUUGGAAUGCGGUGAGGGUAGAAUUGGAAAUGUUAUAUAAUAAAUUGGGAUACA